GGGCACAGUCUCAGGUUCAACCCAGCAAACUUUAUUUGAAGAAGUGAAAAGAAGUUUCACACACUAUGUCGCUCCCCGUUCUCCGUCUAUGAAUGGAAAACCAAAACACAGACAUUAAAACAGACGUGGCUUUGCCUUGUGACAUGUCAAGAGAUUUUGGUGAAGUCAGAGCUUUGCUGUGGUGGUGAUUGUUUUGUAAAGGCUCUAGAAGGACAUCACGUUUAUCGCUGCUUGGGUUGUCAUUCAUCACUCGGUCACCGGCUGGAAAGUAAUUCCCUCUUUUGAGACAUGACGUGGCUACACUCAACACUAGGCACUUGGAUCUUCGCACUUCUGGUGAUGCCAGUCAUCUGCCAGAGCGGCGAUGAUCAAGAAAGGGGAUCAGGUGAUGUUCCCGAGGCUGUGUUCACUGGCAACGCUUCCAUGUCUGAUGGAGCAGCUUGGACCACACCGCAUUUCCAAGCUUUGACAGAGGGAGAAGGCGGCGACUGUUAUGUCAAUUUCCACACCAGCCAAAUCGCAUCAAGGCGGUUACGAGCGUUUAGGGAGGAAGUUGCUUAUCUAAAGGCCUUACAGCAUGGGAACCAGGCAGUGGUAGAGAACCUGGUCCAAUUUGUAGGGGCGGAAAUGGGAGAUCAGCGCUAUGAGGAUGUGAUCCAAGAGAACGUUGUUGGAAUUAGGGAAGACCAUGUCAGCUGUGAGAAUGUGGUGACAAAAGCAUUAGAAGACAUUACGAGUCAGCUGGAGGGAGAUGCUCAAGCUACUUUGGCUGGUAUUCAAAAAAUAAAAGAGGAGUCACGAGCCUUUGAAGAAAUGCUGCGUACCGCUGCUGCCAUCGCCACUCGACUGGAGAGCUCCUCGCGAACCCUGCAUGUGAAUUUGAUGGAACGGCUGAGGAAGAACAUGAGACAGCCACGCUAAGCUAAACUAAAAGAUUCAGGAAGACAACCAAACUGAAGGAAGAGUUGUUUGACAUUCCAGAUUCAUAUUCAUCCGUAAUGUUUUGAUAACAAUGAUCUAUACGGUGACAUCACCUUAAAAAUUCCACAUCUGGACCUGGUAAACAGUGGUCCAAACAUAAAGGGACUAUUUUUUUAAUGAGUUCACGUCCUGCGUGUGAUUUAAUAGGUGCAGUUGUGACGAGACAUUCGUGUUUACAUUCUUUGCGUGAUAUAGCCGAGAGAGGAUGGAUUGAAACUUAAACAAUGUUUUUCUUUCCGAGCCCUUGUUGGCCGUCCAUUUGUGAGCCAUAAAACCAUAAUGGCUUUCUGUACAAGGAAAUUGAAAAAAUAAUCUUGGCAGUGAAGUGGCACAUUAGAAGAAUUUUUUCACAUUGUACAGACAACCCCACAGAAACGGGCUGGCUGUCUUGGUGCUAGGGAGCAGAUGGUAAAAUGGCAGUGCGAGGGUCUGGAAAUUAGCAAGAAUGAACUCAUGUACAUUGGAGAGAGAGAAUGAUGGAGAAAGUGAAAAGAAAAAUUAUGUCACUGAGAAAUAAACGUGACUUGGCAACUUUAUGGCAGAAGACUGUUAUUUAAAAAGUAUUUUUCAAGACAGUUAGGGUCAGUUCUGGUGUGUGUAUCUUUGUGUGUAAAUGUAUUCUAAAGACAUGAAUAUAUAUAUAUAUAUAUAAUAAGUGUACAUAAUUGUAAGUGUACCCCUUGCAGAAUGUUAGUGUUUCAGAAAAAUAAGCAUAAAAACUGUAAUAUGUUUUUGUGUUUAGUGUCUGUUCUGAACAACAGAUAUUUACAUAGUCCACAAAACACAAUAAAAUUUACAUUAAAAAAUUUACAUACCCUUGAUUUAAAAUACUGUAUAUUAAAGGGAUAGUUCAUCCAAAAAUGACAAUUCUGUCAUUAUUUUCUCAACCUUAUGUUGUUCUAAACCAGUAUGAGUUUCUUUUUUCUGAUGAACACAAAAGAAGAUAUUUUGAUAAAUGAUGCUCAUCCGAGGGGUGCUAAUUUAAAAUAAGUGUCAUGUGUGUGGUUCCUUUUUUCGAAAUAUGUGUUCUGCGCGUCGAGAGAUCCUGUGUGCAUCACAUGUUUUGUCAAAGUAAGUGGCUGCUGCAGACGAGUCUAAAGGGUUUAUGAUAAAAAAGACGCUCACGUUCACAAAAUACACGCAAGACACUCCCUUAACAGUAAACACUGAUUACCAUAGACUGUAAAAAAAGAUGGACGAUGCGACGUCGCCUCCCUCCAUUGUAAUGAAUUGAAGCCCAAAAAUGUCCGACCACGGUCGCCGCCAUGUUACGUAAAAACGUCAGUUUGGAGCCAAGGCAUGCGCAGAAGGAAUCGUCCGUGGAGCCAGAGUCGGAGCCGCGGUAUCAAACUUCCGCCCAAACGUUCGCCCAACCAAUUCAACCACGCCAAUCAUAACGACACGCCCCGUUUCUAUAGCAUCAAAUUACAAGCUAAAAUGAAACUUACCACAAUAAUGAACACUUGAACAUAUAUCAGCGUGAUAACAACUACCUGAAACUUAUAUUGGAAGUGUAAAUUUUUUUUUUAUUUAGAGCAGAGUCCCAUUCGUUUGAAUGAAGAGGGCGGGGUUUAUUACUUGUACUGCAGCCAGCCACCAGGGGGCAAUCGAAGAGCCAGAGGCUUCACUUUUCAAGGCUUAUGAGGCACACCCGCUGAUUACGCAUGAGAUUAUGCGAGUAUCUGGCAAACGCCAGCGUCUCUUUUAUCAUAAAGCCUUUAGACGCGUCUGCAGCAAGCACUUAUUUUGACAAGACACGUGAUGCACACAGGAUCUCUCGAACACAUAUUUUGAAAAAAGAACCACACACAUGACAGACUAUAUACAUGUUGUGACGAACUUCGCAUCGAGCGCCCUCGAAAAAAAAAGAAGUCACCGGCCGCCACUGGUAAGCACACAGCUUUUUGUAACCAUUGACUUCCAUAGUAGGAAUAUAAAUAUAUGAUGGAAUUCAAUGGGUACCAUCAUCUGUGUGCUUAUCAUUUAUCAAAAUAUUUUCUUCAUUAUUUAUCACAAUACUUACAAUAUUUUUUCCAACUAUGGAAGUCAAUGGUUACAAUAAGUUGUGUGCUUACCGCCAUUUAUCAAAAUAUCUAAAAUAUUUUAAUAUUUUAAAGAGUAAAUGAUGACAGAAUUUUUAUUUUUGGGUGAACUAUCCGUUUAACUGGACAGUCAACAACUGAUUUAAUAUGCAAUUAAACUGUCUUCAGAAAAAUCCUCGGUUUCUGCACAUUCUUUGCUUUUUCAGCAUCUUUUGACCCCUUUUCAGCAGUUGCUGUAUUUAUCUUUUUACACUGUUGACAACUGUGGCACAGUUUGAUGGCACAGGGCAAAUAGAUAUACAGAGUUCUUUCAUAAAACAUAAAAACUAUUUGUCCAGUUAACAAUGCGGAGCAAUAAGAAUCAACUUGGUUAUAUAGUCAUUUCAGUUAUUAAUGUUAUAAUAUUAAUAUUUCAUUACUGUUAAUAAUAUUCACUCUAAAAUUGCUGGGUUAUUAUUAAGCCAUGUUGGGUAAAUAUUGUACAGACACCGAUGGGUAAAAAUUGAUUCAAUUCUGGGUUGUUUUAACCUAAUUUGUGGGUCAUUAUAACCCAACACUGGGUCAUUUUAACAAAGCACCUAUUCUGUCCAAUAUUUACCCAUUAUGGGUGAAAAAUAACCCAGCUAUUUUUAGAGUGUUGUAUUAAUCUCACUAAGAAACUGACAGGAGACCAAUGUGUGCCAUUUCAAGCAACAUUACCACCAAGCAUCCUAUGACUACACUUUUGGAAAUAAGGUACAAGAAGGUACAAAAGCUGUCACUGGAUACUUUUGUACCUUAAUGGUGCAUAUUGUUACCUCAAAGGUACACAUACCUUAAAGGUUCAUCUGUACCAAAUUCGUAUAUUAUGGCCUUUUAAAAGGUACUGCCCCGAUGACAACUUUUGUACCUUUUUUCCCAAGAAUGUGGUUAUUUUGUAAUGUUAACAUUUGUUAUGUGAAAUAGCUUAUUCAGGACAUUACUAAACAAAAAACAAACU